UUUCAGAUCAUGUGAGAGGAGCUGGAAUCCUGAAUUGUAGCUUUUGGCACUCCUCUUUUCCCUCUUCUUAAACGCUUGCUCUUUUCAGCUCCUGUGGACUUCUUGCCUCACUUUGCACUGUCUUCUGAUCAGACUCAGCAAUGGGACUGUGUUGGUGGUGACUUUUUUUUAAGGGGACAGAGGUCUCUAGGCAGGUGCCCAGUAUUUCAGAAUCAGGUUGUUACUGUGUCAACAGAAGGCCAAGAAAUGUACAUGCGAUUUGAUCAGGCUAGAAGACGCUCUCCGUACAGGAUAAGUAGGAUAUUAGCACGCCAUCAGCUUCUGACUAAAAUUCAACAAGAAAUUGAAGCAAAGGAAGCGUGUGACUGGUUGCGAGCUGCUGGAUUUCCACAAUAUGCACAGCUCUAUGAAGAUUCCCAGUUUCCUAUUGACAUUGCAGCUGUGAAGAAAGAUCAUGAUUUUCUUGACAAGGAUCUUGUAGAACCUCUUUGUAGACGAUUGAACACAUUGAACAAAUGCACCUCAAUGAAACUCGAUGUGAAUUUCCAAAGGAAAAAGGGUGAAGAUUCUGAUGAAGAAGAUCUCUGUGCUAUCAGUGACAAAUGGACUUUCCAGAGGACAAGCCGACGAUGGUCUCGGGUAGAUGAUAUUGACACCUUAAUUCAUCAGUCGGACAAACAUGGGCCCUCAGGGGACAUUAAAAUUAAAAUCACAACUAGCAGUGAAAGUGUACUAACUGAUCUGAGUGAGCCUGAGAUCUCUUCUCUUCACAGUGAAAGUAGCGGGGGAAGUGACCACAGGAGUCAGUCCGGAAUCAGCAGCCUUCUCAGGGAGACAUUUGACUGUUCAGGACAAUACUUUGUAGAAAGCACCAUUGCCCAUGACUCUACUUCAGUAGGUGGUAUCCCCCUGCAGCCUUCAGAAAACUCUGGGAAUGAGAGACCAACACGGACCAGAGCCAAAACCUUUCUAAAGCGCAUGGAGACACUAAAAACCAAAGGUACACAUGGCAAAUUUAAAGUGUCUGGAAGGAAUAGUGGCUUAGUAAUAAGCCAACCAGUUCUUCAGCAUGAACCAAAAACCCUGAAGGAUAUGCAAUGCAUGCAGAUAGUGAAUGGAGACCUCCAAGGUGUGACAGCACUAGAGGCAGUCAAGCAUGGGCUUGCCUUCUCCACUAAGUCCAGUUGUGAGAGUAGCCAGUCAGAGAUCAGCAGCAGUGGAAUAAGCACUCCUUGCUUGAAGGAACGCAAAUACCAUGAAGCAAAUAAACGAGGCGGCAUGUACCUGGAGGACCUGGAUGUUCUUGCAGAAACAGCCUUCAGGCAAGUGGUAGACCAAAAUCGCAAAAAUGAAUUUCAUUCACAAGAAAACCUAGUUGUUCAUAUUCCCAAAGACCACAAACCUGGAACAUUUCCUAAGGCUCUUUCCAUUGAAAGCCUCUCUCCUACAGACAAUAGCAACAGCGUGAACUGGAGGACAGGGAGUAUUUCAUUAAGCAAGCAAAAAUGUUCAGCACCUAAAGAGGCUAGUCCUCUUGCUUCCUGUCCAAAAGAGAGUCGGGUUAGCAUUUAUGACAAUGUUCCAGGCUCUCACUUGUAUGCCAGCACUGGAGAUCUUCUGGACUUGGAAAGAGAGAACCUUUUUCCACAUCUGGACGAUAUUUUGCAGCAUGUCAAUGGACUUCAAGAAUCUGUGGAUGAUUGGUCAAAAAAUAUAUUGCCAGAGCUGAAAAACAAUGAUUUAUCAAUUAGUGAGCAUGGGACCUUACCAUUCCAGUCACCAUCCAAGAUUGCAUUAGACUUUGAACAGAAUUCUGUGUCUGAUGGCCGGACAACACCUAGUGAUGUGGACAGAGAUGGGACCUCUCUUAAUGAAUCAGAUGCUACAGGUGUCAGGGACAGAAGAGACUCUGGUGUUGGAGCAUCUCUCACCAGGCCAAACAGGCGAUUACGUUGGCAUAGUUUCCAGAUCUCUCAUCAGCUGAGCCAUACCAUAGGAUCGCUGCAGAUCAGCAAUCAGUCAGCUUCUCAAUUAAAUCUGCUACAAAAAUUCUCCUUGCUUCGCCUUACUGCCAUCAUGGAAAAAUACUCCAUGUCAAACAAGCACGGCUGGACAUGGUCUGUGCCAAAAUUCAUGAAGAGAAUGAAAGGUCCAGACUACAAGGAUAAGAAUGUUUUCGGUGUGCCUUUAAUAGUCCACGUUCAAAGAACAGGGCAACCCCUUCCACAAAGCAUACAGCAAGCCUUACGUUAUUUACGUAACCAGUGCUUGGAUCAGGUGGGCCUUUUUCGGAAGUCCGGUGUGAAAUCCCGAAUACAGGCUCUACGACACAUGAAUGAAAGCUCCCCUGAAAAUGUCAACUAUGAAGACCAGUCAGCCUACGAUGUGGCAGAUAUGGUAAAGCAAUUUUUCAGGGACCUUCCAGACCCACUUCUCACUAGCAAGCUAGGAGAAACCUUCCUCCAUAUAUACCAAUAUGUUCCGAAAGAACAGCGGCUUCAGGCAGUACAGGCUGCCAUUAUGCUGAUGUCAGAUGAAAACAGGGAGGUUCUGCAGACCCUGCUAUGUUUCCUGACUGAUGUCACCUCAGUGGAAGAGAAUCAAAUGACUCCUAUGAAUAUUGCUGUGUGCUUGGCCCCUUCUCUUUUUCACCUCAAUAUAAUAAAGAAGGAAAGCUCACCACGAGUAAUACAGAAAAAAUAUGCAACCGGGAAGCCAGAUCAGAAAGAUCUCAGUGAAAACCUGGCAGCAACUCAGGGACUUGCUCAUAUGAUAACAGAAUGUGAUAAACUUUUUGAGAUCCCACAUGACAUGGUAGCCCAGUCUCGGAAUUCAUAUGUAGAUGCUGAAGUGCGUUCUCCAACUCUGGAGGAACUGGGGAAGCAAAUGGAUGAAGAAGGUGGAAAUUAUCAGGCCUAUCUUGAAAGUGUUGUUCAGAACCUCUGUAAAGAAGCCAAGGAGAAAUUCAAAGGAUGGGUCACCUGUUCCAGCAUAGAAAAUACAGACCUCUCCUACAAAAAGGUUGGAGAUGGAAAUCCACUAAGGCUGUGGAAAGCAUCUGUGGAAGUUGAGGCUCCUCCCUCUGUUGUACUCAACCGAGUGCUAAGAGAGCGCCAUUUGUGGGAUGAGGAUUUCUUGCAAUGGAAGGUCAUUGAAACCUUGGACAAGCAGACUGAAAUCUACCAAUAUGUUUUGAAUAGUAUGGCUCCCCAUCCUGCCAGAGACUUCUUAGUCUUGAGGACAUGGAGAACAGACAUGCCCAAGGGGAUGUGCGUGUUAGUGACUGUCUCCGUGGAACAUGAAGAAACCCUUCUGAUGGGAGGUGUGCGGGCAGUUAUUAUAGAUUCUCAGUAUUUAAUAGAGCCUUGUGGCUCUGGGAAAUCUCGCCUGACACAUAUCUGCAGGGUUGACCUCAAAGGUCAUUCACUGGAGUGGUGCAAUAAAGUCUUUGGGCACCUGUGUGCAGCAGAAGUUGCCAAUAUCAGAAAUUCAUUUCAACCUCUAAUUGCUGAGGGACCAGAAACAAAAAUCUGAGUGAUGGGGAUAUUCUCUGCAUGCAUUAAAGCUGUGGUAGGAUUUCAGCCUACAUUUGUGCAAUAGCUAAGCAAUGAUUGCUUGGGAAAUGCUGCCCUUGUCCGGAAAAAGUCACCCACUUACCUCCGUGACCCUCAUCUGUUUUCCUUUGCUGAAGAGCACUUUGCCAAGAAUUUCUUCAUACUUUAAAAGUACAUCAUUGCCCUCAUGUCUGUAUUGCAUAAUUCUAAUAUUUAAAAGCUUCUAAGAAGCUUAUUUUAAAACUGUAAAUAAGAGAUUUAAAAGUGUACAUACUUUUGCUAUGUAUAAUAUCUGAUCUGUGUAUACUGUAUAUAGAAAUAUGUAUAUACGUUUUGUAUAUAAGCUGUUGCUGUCUAGGGAAAACUUCCAGUGUCUGUUUGAAACUAUUUUUCACAUUGUUAGAAUCAGAACCUCCCAGCUGUUGUAAAAUGGCCCUUCUGUUCUAAAAACAAUAACUGGGACACUAACCUUUUCUUCUGUUGCUGCUGCUGCCCUGUCCUCUGUUGCAGACAUGGGGCUUCACUGCAGAGCACAUUUCAAAAGCUUAUGUAAGACCAGCAUCUUGUCAAUGAGUCUACUCCUGGAGCUCCGCACUGCAGCACUGCAACAGAGGACAGCACAGUGAAAAUAGAAGAAUUAUUUGACUAGCAAAGACUGAAGCACUUGAGCUGUCCCCAUGUUUGAAAGAGAUGACAAGGAAGUGCAUGGAGGCAGGCAUACAGAGGUGAGAAGGGGUUGUAAAAGAGGAUUGAGAACCAUAUGGCUAAAAACAAUGAGCAACAGAAAGCAAACCUAGCCAGGUAUUAUUCAAUGUUAUUAUUUGGCUAGCUGUCAUUGUUCAGCAGAAAGGUGGCAGCUACAGCCCCCAGAAAUCAUUUUUGUUGCUUUGAAUAAUGGAAUAGACAAGUUAACAGAUCAACUGAGAAGCCUGGUAUUUGCAAUAUUCAGACUAUUUCCUAAACUAACGGGCUAACUUUUAGGUUUGCUGUGCUUAAAGAAAAGUGCUUUGAAUGUAAGUCAAUAGUUGAGUCUGUGUAUCAUCACAAAAUGCAAUACUACACAGUUAUCACCAAACAGUUGCUUAGAACUGGAAGGAUGGCUCUUUGAUCCAUUAAUCCCCAAACGGUUCCCCUUGACAUCCAUAGGACUGCCCCAGAGCAAAUAAUGAAUAGCUUAUGGUCUGUAGUUGAAAAACCCCAUCCUAUACGCCAGCACAUAACAUUUUAGGUCCUGACCCAAAGACACUUAAGUCUCAAUUAAAUUAAUGGGACUUCAGUUAAGACUCACAACUGAUUUUAAUGGAACUCAGUGUAUUUUGCUUCCUUUGGGACAAGGUCUUAGUGCGGGUUUUACCAACAGCUAUUCCAGUGACACAAAACAUGAUGUUAUAUUAGCUUUAUAGCAACAUUACACAUAACGAGCCUAUAUACUGGCUUAAAUUGGACUACUAAUCUUAUAUUAUACAGCAGUUAUAAAUAAAUAAUUUUUCCUACCAAUAUCAAGCACAUUAGGAACAACAGUAAGCAGUCUUUUGUUGUCAAAUAGUAAGACCCAAAAUCUCUAAGUAUUUGUUUUAGAGUUUGCCUACGUAAACCAAGCUAAUAGCCCUGUUAGAAAUCAAGGUAAGCCAUGUUUCUGCACACAGAAUCUCCUCAAAAGUAAUUAAAUGUCUUAAUAGGCUUUUUAUUCUGAACUUUUCAAAAUAAGCUUUUUAAUGAAUUUCAUAAAUUGAAGAGGUCUAUUAAAAGGUAAUCAUUGGGAAGCAAAUAUAUUCUUAAGAGUUUUCAUAUUCUACUUUAUAUUGACCUUAGACCUUGACGCCAAAUAUUUGACUUGGGAACCAUUCCUCUUCAAUAGGACUGAGGGCCAAACAAUACAUUAUGUGAG